UGAAUAUAAAGUCUUGCUUUUUUUAGCAAGCUGAUUGGAGCAAGACACUAUUCACCAGGAGACGCUAGGGACUCAAGUGGCCACGGUACACACACCGCUUCCAUCGCGGCUGGAAACGCAGUCCCGAACGCCAGCUUCUUCGGGCUCGGCUAUGGAACCAUGAGAGGUGCCGUUCCAGCGUCAAGAAUCGCCGCUUACAGAGUCUGCGCCGGAGAAUGUAGAGACGAUAUCCUACUCUCCGCGUUCGAUGACGCUAUCGCCGACGGUGUUGACAUUAUCACCAUAUCUGUAGGUAGUACCGAUGUGUACCCGUUGGAAGAAGACCCUAUCGCAAUAGGAGCAUUUCACGCUAUGUCCAAAGGGAUACUCACUGUGAACGCGGUUGGGAACACUGGUCCGAACAUAGCCUCUGUCACGAGUUUAGCACCGUGGAUGCUAACCGUUGCAGCCAGCACAACGAACCGUGUGUUUGUCACCAAAGUGGUUCUUGGUGAUGGCAAAACACUUGUCGGAAGAUCAGUGAAUGUUUUCGAUCUUAAAGGAAAGAAGUUCCCCCUGGUGUACGGAAAAUCUGCUGCUUCCUCUGCCUCCAAUGUCACAUGCGCCGAGGAUUGCAUGCCAGAUUGUCUUGACGCAUCUCUGGUGAAGGGAAAGAUCUUGGUGUGCAAUAUAUCUUUCCCCUACGUAGCCUAUACAAAAGGAGCUGUUGCAGCUAUUGUUAAAGAUGGAUCAGACUGGGCUCAAAUGGAGGGUUUACCUGUAUCUGGCUUAGAAGAAGAUGAUUUCGAGUCUUUCCUCUCUUACAUUAACUCCUCAAAAGUAAUUAAACAUUGAUACUUUGUUAAUUUGGCAGCCAAUAACUCUUGCGUUAGUGUAUGUUGGAACAACUCUAAAAGACCUUUCUGAUGUGACUCACAAGUGGAGCGAGUUAUCUUUCGGUCACUGGGCAUCCUUGAUUCUGAGCCUUGUAGUAUCCGUGAUGUUAAUGGUGUGUGUUACUAAGGUGGCGCAGAACGCUCUAAGAAAAGCUUUAGCAGAACACGGAGGGGACAUGAACGGAGCGGUUGCAGCCUCACCUGAGCUGAACGAUGUGGCUGAUGUUCCGGCUGAUUUAAAUGAGCCGCUCUUGAUAAAGAUAGACUCUCAAUCACAUCAGGACCAUGAAAAUCAGAGAGCCAUGAAAGAAGCUGCUGGUUAGAUUAAGAUUACUUUGUACAAUAAUCUUAUCAUCAUUAACUUACAAACUACAGAACAUAGGCAGAAAGAUCAGCUGUUGAUGCACAUAUAAUAUAUAGACAUCUAUUAGCUCUCGAUUCUUGGUUUUUGUAUAAGAACAUAGAUUAAUAAAAUUAUUAUUGUCAUUCAA